GUGAAAAAGACGAGCCAGGGUCCGAUCUCUUCAACACCGUCUUCUCUCUGCUGCUCUCUCUCCCUCUCUCUGCCCGUCUUCCUUCUGUGCCGUUUGCCCAGAGCCUAGGCUAAAUCUGGAAUCUUUCUUGUUCUCUUUUGCGAGGAUUGUUUGAUUUGUGGGGCGUGGUUAAGAGUUCACCUGAAUUCUGAAGACAAUUUGUCAUUUCCGUACCUAGGUGGAGUCAUUCUUGUGAUUUCUUGGUUCUUGGAGUUGCAAUCUUCUCCACCUUUGUUUUUGUCCAUCCAUAAUCACCCGGCCUCUAAGAUAAUCACGUUUAUUUCUUACUCCGAAUUGCUUUUUUGUUGAUCUCCUGGCUUUCUGCGGCUUCUCCAAAAUUUCAGAAGGAAGAAAUCUGUUCAUCGCAGAACAGAGAACAAAAAAAUUCGUUUUAUAUCUGACAAAGUUUCAGGAAAAUAGAAGCAAAUCCUUGGUUUAUUUCCUCCCGUUGCUUGUUCCUUCUCUCAUUGAAAGAAUCGAAUGGGGGAUGUGUCGUUGAAUCGACCCAUUAAUGCCGAGCCAGCCGCCGGUGGCAUUGCCAAGAGCAAUCGAAUUCUAGACACGAUGUCACCCGGGUGGACAGAUGAGAGACACAUGAUGUAUAUAAGCUCCAUGGAGGCAUCUUUUGUAGAUCAACUGUACAAUCACCAUGCACACAAUGCAAAUGGUGAAGGCUUCAAGGUUCACCGGGGUGGUGUGUGGGAGUACAUCAAGUAUGAGAAGAAGACUAAUUCUUGUGCGCAAAGCAGGAAAAAAUACUGCCUACCUGCAAACCCCUGGAUCCAGCAUUUCAGACAGCGUAACUGUGGUAGCAAUGCGCAAAGUGAUGGGCUGGAGGUUUCGGAGGGUGAUCAUGAAUCAGGUACUCAGACAAACCGGGUGAGGCUUUCAGUGUCUCAUGGAAGGGAAUGGGAAGCUUGUAAAGGAGAAAAACAGCUUCUUGAUGAAAGUACAGAGGUCUCUGAUCAGAAUUUUGCUGACGAUGAGGUGGAAGUUGAAGCAGAAUCAAGUAAAGCAUGCAAGAGAAGGAGAUUAAGCAGCAGCAUUUCCCGCUACCGUGAUGAAUGAUAAAGUAAAUUAGCUUAGUCUGUUGCAGGUAUUGAGAUAACUAUCCUAAAAGGUGCUAAGAUGAUGGGACAAGUCUAAAAAAAUUUCUGCAGCCACAAAAGCUGUUGGAAGCCAAGAUACUCCGAAGGAAGGCGUUGAAUAGUAGUUAUUAGUGAUUUUGUAAUUGAUUAGUACUGGAGCAAUUAGUGUCGGCAUUUUAGAAGAUUAGGUUCUAGUUAUGUAUCUUUGUAUAUUGCUACUAUUUGUCAGUAGUACUGUUUUAGUGCCUCACUCUUGUCAGAAGAAUAAUAGAGCUCACUUAUUGGUAGAGAUAUAUAGUUUGAUCUUAUGAAUGUAAUGCUUUUAGCUGCUGCUUUGGGCCAGCUUCUGUUUCCAAUAUGAGUGAAAUGCACAAGUUUGCCA